UCCUUUCACCCUGCCCCUAUUCCCCUCCAGCAGACCACAAGCCCUCUCCCCUCCCACGUUUUCCCCACGUACCCUCCAGGUCCCCACAAGUCCUCACACCCGGGGGGAUUUUGCUGCCCGCCCCCAACACUCAACCCUCUCCUUGCUAUCGCAGUGUGCUCCGGCAUUUGCUGCCAGAGCUUUGUACGUGUGGAUGUGAUCAGUGAGACCCGACAUUUCCUUGCCUGCCAUGGGGAAAGGAGCCCAAGAAAAAACUCACCCCAACCAAGAAGAAGUACUGACCCCUCCAAGAGAUGAGGAGAAAAAAUGUGAAUGGGACUCCAGCCCCCAUGGGAUGAAAAGGAAAUGUCGUCGUGUACAGAAGCUCCUCACUCCGCUGUGCGUGGUGCUGAGCCUCCUUGUCUUCAGUCUCUUGGUGGCCUUGAUUGUUGUGCAGCUCCGGUCUCACUCAUCACAUCCCCAAUUCUCCCACGUGUGCCCAGCCACGUGGAUUGGCUUCCAAGGCAAGUGCUACCAUUUCUCAAAGAAUGAAACCAACUGGAAGACUAGCUCGGAGAAGUGCAAGGCCUUGGAAGCCUCCCUGACCUCCAUAGACAGCCAGGAGGAACUGGAUUUCAUCAUGCGCUAUAAGGGCCAAGCAAACUACUGGUUCGGGCUGCAUGAAGAAGGCAACGGCCAGUGGAGGUGGACCAAUGGCACAGCCUUCAACAACUGGUUUGUGGUGCGGGGCGGUGGCCCUUGUGCAUACCUAAACCAGGAUAAGAUCAGCUCAGCCCUCUGCAACACAGAGAAAUACUGGAUCUGCAGCAGGCCCAACAACUACGUCCUGUGGAAGAAGAAGAUUUACCCUGAAUAAAAGAUUCCGUAACCAUAAAGCUUGUGCCA